UGAAUUUCCAAAGACAGCGAAACAAAGCGAGUCACUCAAGGACAAAAAGUGUCUGUUCUUCUUGUUAAUUCAACAAAUCCGCAAAAUAACUCACAUAAAAUUUCUCUCGUCCAUGAUCCAGAAUUGCUCGUUCAUUCGAAUUUCAGAUGAAGGCUCCUCCGGAAAGGACUAAAGUGGUUAUUAGGCAUUUGCCUCCGUCUCUGGUUCAGUCCGAUCUCCUCCAACAAAUUGAUGAUCGCUUUGCUGGUCGGUUUAAUUGGUUCUCUUUUCGUCCCGGAAAGAACAGUUACAAGCAUCAGAAGUAUUCCCGUGCAUACAUAAACUUCAAUUGUGCCGAAGAUGUUUUUGAGUUUGCUGAAUUCUUUGAUGGACAUGUCUUUGUUAAUGAGAAAGGUGCCCAACACAAGGCCAUUGUUGAAUAUGCACCUUUCCAGCGUGUUCCAAAGUUGAGUACCAAAAAGGAUGGUCGUGAAGGGACUAUAUAUAAAGAUCCAGACUACCUUGAGUUUCUCAAAGUUAUUGCAAAACCUCCUGAGCAUCUUCCUAGUGCGGAAAUACAGUUGGAAAGAAAAGAAGCUGAGCAAGCUGGGGUUGCCAAGGAAGCACCAAUUGUCACUCCAUUGAUGGAAUAUAUUCGUCAAAAGCGUGCAGUUGGGAAUGGCGCACAGGCUUCACCAGUUGUGACAAAAAUUAGCAGAAGAGCCAGGGCGGCUUCAUCCAGCAAGCCUGCCUCAGAGAAUACUAGACGAGAGAAGAAAAAGUAUGUUCAGAAGGACAAUGCCAAAAGUAGUAAUCGGAAAGACAAAUCAAGCUCUACUGGGGCUCCCCGGCGACAAGAUCAACCAUCUGCAUCUAGUUCAAAAGCAAUAUCUGAAAUUGGAGCUGCGCAUGGAUUUGAAGGACCUAUCUCAGCCAUCCCUCUGCCUGCUGGCUCUGGAAAGAAAAAAAUCCUGCUGGUUAAAGGGAAAGAACGAGAAAUUCUCAAUGCUGCCGAGAGUAUGGCACAACAGCAAAGUGUACAAUCUGGAAAUCCUGCUGUUCCCACUGCUUCAAAGCAAAACCAGAGACGCGAAGCUAGUGGAAGGUUGAUUAGGAGCAUACUUCUAAAUAACGAAGCUCGUCAAAGCCAGUCUGCAACUUCUGCUCAACAGAAAGUUCAGAUCUUGAGUUCUGAGAAUGGUAAGCGGCCACCUCGGAAUAUAAGUGCACGGUCUGGGACAAAUGGUCUAGUCUCCAAUCAUGAUGCAGGCCAAGUUAAUUCUGAGGGUGAUUCUAAAAGGCUGUUGGAUGAGAAGUUCUUAAAAAGGGAUCUGCAUGGUUUGGGCAGCGGUGAAAAAGCAGAAAGACGUGCUAGAAACAAGGAAAGACCUGAUCGUGUUGUUUGGACUCCUCUUCGUCGAUCUGAUGUUUCUCACCCUGUUAACGAGCACUCAACAUCCUCCGUGUCUCAAUCUACCCUGUCACAUCCUGAAUCGGUUGAAGUCAAGUUUGUUUUCAUAUUCCUUGCUUAA